AUGUAUGCCAUUACUACUAGAAGUGGGAAGAUCCUUGAGAGUGAUUUAAAUGUUGAGAAGAGUUUCGAUAUGAGGAUAGGACUUGAGGUUGAGGAUGAUUCAUCAAGAGAGAGUGAGGUUCUAGAGGGAAGUGCCGGAAAGAAUGAGAGGGAUGUAGUAAAGAGCUUGCAUGUUUCUAUACCCUUUGUGGAUGCUAUGAAAGAGAUGCCACACUACACUAAAUUCCUAAAAGACCUCCUGAAUGGAAGGAGAGAAGUCGAAACCGUUAGCCUAACCGCAAAUUGUAGUGAUAUUCUCUCUAGUAAGCUACCAACCAAAUUGCAAGAUCGCGAUAGUUUUUCCAUCCCUUUUUCUAUCAAUGAGGUUCAAUUGGGGAAGGCUUUGUGUGAUCUAGGUGCUAGUGUGAGUUUAAUGCCCUUCUUGGUCUACCAAAAGCUUAAUGUGGGAAGUCUUUCACCUAUAAACAUCACCCUCCAACUUGCGGAUAGGUCCACAAAAUUUCCUAUAGGGAAAGUAGAGGACAUACCCCUUAGAGUUGGUAAGUUCACUUUUCCGGUGGACUUUUAUGUUCUUGAGAUGGAUGAAGAUGAAAGAAUUCCUAUAAUCUUGGUUAGGCCAUUCAUAGAUACUUCUAAGCAAUUAUUGAUGUCAAAGAAGGUAAUGAGACAACCUUCCUCUAGUAAUGAAUGCUUUAGUAUAGAUACAAUUGAAAACUUGAUGAAUGAGUUUAGAUACCCUCAUAUGCAUGCUUCUAAUGAUCUACUUGAGAAUGUUUUGUUGAAUGAGAAUGAGGUAGGUGAUCAAAAGGAGAUACAAUUAUAUGAGGAAAUUCUUUAUGAGAAAGAGGAGACAACCCCCGACCAAGAGAUGCUCCAAACAUAUGAAGUCUUCCAAGUAGAAGAGGAGGAAAUCUCCAAUGGUAUGGGAGCUCCGAAGGUAGAAUUGAAACCUCUACCUUUGGGCUUGAGGUAUGUCUUUUUGGAUGCUAAUGAUACUUUUCCAGUCAUUGUCAAUGCUAACUUCACGGAAGAGCAAACCUCCUCAUUGCUUAAUGUUUUGAAAAAGCAUAGGAAGGAUUCGGGUUAUACUCUUGAUGAUCUCAAGGGUAUAUGCCCCUCCCUAUGCAUGCAUAAAAUCGAUUUAGAGGAGGGUGCUAGGUCGUGUAGGCAACGGCAAACGAAACUUAAUCCUCCCAUGCAAGAGGUCGUGAGGAAGGAAGUUUCCAAGCUACUUGAAGCGGGGAUCAUCUAUCCAAUCGCUCAUAGUGAUUGGGUGUCCCCGGUUCAAGUAGUGCCGAAAAAGGGAGGUAUGACGGUAAUGGUCAAUGAUAAGCAAUAA